AUGGCUCAUCUAGAAGCACGCAAACAUAUUUCUCCCGAUUCGGGCUUCCCGAUCACACUGCAUCCGCAUUUUAACGACAAGAUUAAGAACCACAACCCUCCCGAGCCACCCCGGGAGCCUAUUACCCCGCCCAAGGACCGGGCGCUAUAUGCAGAUCCAGAAAAGAAAUCAUUAUUCUCCGUGGCGAAGCGAGUUGACCUGACUGAGUCAGUUGGGACCGUUCUUGAGAACGUGCAGUUGUCCCAGUUGACUGGUGAUCAGCUAGAUGAACUGGCGUUGCUGGUUAAUGAGCGUGGAGUUGUCUUUUUCCGUGAGCAAGACCUUACGACUGAGAAGCAAGUUGAGCUAUUUCAGCAUUAUGGUAGCCGUGAAGAUCAUCGGGAAAUUCUAAGCUACACACCCUGGAAACCUUAUAAUGUGCAGCCAAGUGGAGACUUCCAUGCCGACACCUCAUUUGAGAUCAACCCCCCAUCCUACUCUCUUUUGAGAAUGGAAGAGCACCCCGAAGUUGGAGGCGACACAGCCUGGGUAUCCCAAUAUGGUCUGUACGACGCUUUGAGCAAUGCAUACAAGAAGUUCCUUGAUGGUCUGCACGCCGUGCAUACUUCAAGGCUGCAAUAUGAUACCAUUCUUGACUUAUGGGGCGCGGGUCCAAACCGCCCUCCAAUUGAUACACAUCACCCGGCUGUCCGGACGCAUCCAGUCACGAAGCUCAAAGCCCUUAAUGUCAACCCUGGAUUCGUGACUGGCUUUGCAGAACUUAAAAAACUGGAGUCUGACAAGAUUCUCGAUUUCUUAGCGUAUCACAUCCACUCGGCUGACGACCACUACGUUCGCUGGAAAUGGGCCGUUGGGAGCGUUGCUAUGUGGGACAAUCGGUAUUUAAAACAAGUUCUCUUCACGGCGACAUACUUAUGCGCCCUUAGGUGUACGCUUCAUCGAGUCAUCCCUGGCACUUACAAAGGGCUCCGGCGAGGUAUCCGAACUACGGUUUUUGGCGAAAGACCUUAUCUCGAUCCGACAAGCGAAAGUCGAGCGGAACGGAAGCUACGCGAAGAUGGCGAAAACAGCGCUACUUAG